UUUAUAUGUAUUUAUAUUUUGAUGAUUUUAGCUUUUCGUAAAUAUUGUUAUUAAUUAUGUAGGUAUAGUAAAACUAUUUUGAGUAUGCAAGGUCGCAAUACAUACUGUCCCGGAUAUACAGAACAAAACCACAAGGACCACCUAAGAUACUUAGAUAUGUUGCGUGAAGAAUUUAUAAAGAGAUACGAAGACCCACCCGCUCACGAAAAGAACAGUGAUGAUUUUGAUAACGUUAAAGCUAUUGGAAACGGAGCUUAUGGUGAAGUUUUCUUAGUUCGAGAUAAAGGAACGUUUACAUACCAUGCGAUGAAAGUAGUAGAUAAGAAAGUUGUAGUUGAAAGGAGGCACGUGAAACAUUUAGUACUGGAAAAGAAAAUAUUAGAUAGCGUUCAUUUUCCCUUCGUUAUAUCAUUGGAUGCUGCAUUCAAAGAUAAUGUCUACCUUUAUUUUAUACUUCCCUAUAUUGCUGGUGGAGAACUUUUUACAUAUAUCCAAAAAUAUGGUGGAUUUUCUGAAGUUCUGGCAAAAUUCUAUGCCAGCCAAGUGACUCUAGCCUUGGAAUAUAUGCAUCAUUGUGGUAUUGUACACAGGGAUAUUAAGCCUGAAAAUAUUCUAGUAGACACUAAUGGUUAUAUUAAGUUAUGUGACUACGGAUUCUGCAAAGUAUUAAAAAAGAAAACUUGGACUUUAUGUGGCACUCCCGAAUAUUUGGCUCCAGAAGUCAUAUUGUCCAAAGGAUAUUCAUACGGUGUUGACUGGUGGGCUCUCGGUGUAUUAGUUUUUGAGAUGGGUUCUGGUCAUCCACCAUUUUUUGCCUCAGAACCAAGUAAGUUAUAUGAAAAAAUAUUAGAAGGUCAAUUUAAAUGUCCAGACUGUUUAGCGUCAGACUGUAAAAACUUAAUAAAAGGUUUAUUGCAAGUAGAUCCCACGAAAAGAUUAGGUGGCCUUAAGAAUGGGGUGUUUGACAUUAAAAACCAUCCAUGGUUUUUCGACAUCUGCUGGCAGUCGAUACUUCACCAAAGAUUACCGGCGCCAUUCGUUCCGAUAUGUCCUUCGCCGGGUGACACGAGCAACUUUCCUGAAAUGGAACAUACAAAAUUAAAAAGAUGCUCCAAAUGUUUAUAUGAAAAAGAGUUUGAAGACUUCUAAUAAAAUUUGCGUUAAGUAAAACUAUUUAUUUGUAGUAUUACUUGUCUUUGUAUACGGAAUGGAAU